AUGUCCGCAGAUCUGUUGGCGGAGUUCGGCCAGGCUCCAAGCGCUGCGCAAAGCUCCAGCGGUCCGACUCAGACAGCACAGCCAUCGUCAAGCUUCCUAAUAGACAAUACGGAUCAAUCAGACGACAUAUUCUUCGGCAACUCAUCAAAAGCUCCCAUUCAGUCUGCAAUACAUUCUCAGCAGCACGGAUGGAAGGCAUCUGGGCCAGGUUCACAGCCUUCCGAGGCCCUCCGUCAGGCUGCUCAUCGGCCUCAAUCUACUUCAUUCGAUCUUCCUCGAAAUCGUGACAGUGAUGUACUGUUUGAUGCUACUGAGGAUUCACCUGCCGGUAGCUCUGACGAGGAUGACUGGGGUGAUUUUGAAGGCCCAGCGACCAAUGCCACUCAACCUCCAAAGCAGGCCAAUUCUCAGAUUGACCCAAGGAUACCUGCAACUCAAGCGACGAGGACCCAGAUUCGCCAAGCCCAGGGUAGUUCUUCUGUUGUUGAUCUACUUGGGGAACUGUCUGUAUCAGAAUCUGAGGUUCGAUUUCAAGAGCCAGUACCCACUCCAUCCUUUUCCCGGCCGGGGCCGAAUGACGACUCUUUUGAGGAUUGGGGUGACUUUACGAAGGCUCAAGCUGUAAAGCCUCCGCCGCCCGAACAUCUCCCCGAGGAGCAGGACUCAUUCUCGGAGUGGGAUGAUUUCACGGACGGUGCACCUACUCAAGCAGUUCCAUCUGCGCCGGAUCAAAGCCAGUCUUCACGCACAGCCAGCGCUUCGAGCCCGUUUUCAUCGGUCAAGAGCACGCCGGCUGCCAUGUCCAUGGGGAAAUCAAGCUCACAGAUGCCCAAAAAGUCAACGUCUCCAGCACAAGAUUGGGACGAAGACUCAUUCGAGGACUGGGCGGACUUUAACGAUGAUCCAGAAACGCAACCUCCUCAAGUCUAUUCCACGUCAACGCCGAAACCGCCACAGCCACCAUCUCUAGCUACGUCGGCUUCAACGUCGACAAUAAAGACGUCUCAUCCAGGGCCGACAACCUCGACCCCAAUUGUCCGGCCCACAAACAUCCCACCGCCCUCUAUCCUCCUCGAACACCUCCUUUCACUCAUGCGCACAGUGAUCAACGAAGCACAAACGGCUCAAGCCCGCCCAGGCCGCCAAAGGGAACAACUCGCCCCACGAAUCCAAAACAUCCUCUAUACAGCAGCCCGUAUCAUCGCAGGCCGCACCUACCGCUGGAAACGCGACACCAUCCUAGCACAAAGCAUGCGCAUCGGACCUGCUCGCGCCGGAAAAGCCGGCGGCAUGAAGCUCAGCGCCGUCAAUAAGCACGAAAACGUCAAGGAGGAACAAGAUGCCGUAGAUCUGCUGACCAUAUGGCGUGAACGUGCGUCACUGUUGAAUGCCGUGGUUCAAUCCGCGGGGUUGAAACCGGUUCCUGCUCUGCCAAGCCCAGCGGCCUUGAAGGUUUUUACGGCUAGGGCUGAGCAGGGCGCUAUCAAGGCGGGUCAUGCUUGUGCACUUUGUGCUUUGAAAAGAGAUGAGCGACUCUUGAAGAUCGACGACGAUCAGGUGCAGGAUAGCUUUGGCGAGUGGUGGACUGAUCAUUGGGGCCAUACCGGGUGUCGGGUCUUUUGGGAGGAGAACAGGGGACUGCUAAUGCAGCGAUGA